AUGGCAGCUCCUGGCUGUCUUUAUGCGUCUCAAUUAUUUGCUGCAGCACUGGGCAGACAGCAGCAGCAGCGCAAGCAGCAGCAGCAACUGCAGCAGCAGCUCAAGCAGCAGCAGCAACUGCAGCACCAGCACAAGCAGCAGCAGCAGCAACUGCAGCAGCAGCAACUGCAGCAGCAGCAACUGCAGCAGCAGCAACUGCAGCAGCAGAAACAGCAACAACAGAAGCUGCAGCAGCAGCAACUGGAGCGCUGUGCAACAUCUGUAAAACACAUGCACCACAGCAGCAGCUCGGCUGCAGCAGCAGCAGCAGCAGCAACAGCACAAGCAGCAGCAGCAACUUCAGCAGGAGCAGCAGCAGCAACAACAGCACGCGCAGCAGCAGCAGCAGCAGCAGCAACAGAUGUCGAUGAAAAAGAGGAGUUACUGCUUUUGUUUAUUUGUGUUGCAGCCUGA